UUUGAAGACCAUCAAGACUAGAAAAAAAAACGAAUUUGACUCUAGGACGGAAAAGAGGCAAUUUAAUUUUGAGUGUGCACUUGAAGUGAAUAAAGAUGAUUGUGGUGUGUCGCUAAACUUUAACAAAAAAAAAAUUAAUAAAUUUCCUCAAUUUAAUAAUACAUAACAAUUUAAAAAGUGCUGCGCGUUUUUUGUUGUACUUUUUCCUUUGUCUUUUAUUUUAUUUUUUCUUUCGGACACAAAUUUAAUUAUUAUCCUUUAUAAAUUCAAUUGAAUUAAACUGAGCAAAUGCGAAAUAUCAAUUAAUUGCUUAUCAUCCCGGAAGAAGUUAUAAUAUCGUCAUCGGGUUACACACAAUAAAAUACAAAAAAAAAACUGCUCCCUCUUUUUCAAUUUAUUUUUUUUUUUUGUCAAAACAAAGCGAGUAAGUGACUCUAUUCUACACUUGAAACAACAAGGAACACACAAAAAAACGUAGAACUCAUCGAUAAAUCAAAUCGAAACGAACAAACCACAGACAUGGCACCAGCAUUAAGUAAAUUGGCCCAACACCAAAGUGCCAUAGUCGGUAUAACUGGCAUUUCAGCCGCUCUAUGGAUCAUUGCUUAUGGAAAAAUGUCUAACAAAAAGAGAAAACCACUCCCAGAAGACAAAAUAUUAUAUACGAUAAAUGAAAAGAAAGACAAAAAAGCACCUAAGGCUCAUGUUAAUUCACUUUUCUUCAAACAGCUAAGACAGUUAUUGCCUAUUCUUAUACCGGGAGUAUGGAGUGUGGAGAGUGGACUUCUUGUUCUUAUUGCUGGUGCACUUGUUGCAAGAUCUAUAAGUGAUAUUUAUAUGAUUCAAACCGCCACAGUUGUCGAGAGCACAAUUAUAGGAAUGAAUAAGACUAAAUUUAAAUCGGCCCUUCUUAAGUACCUCGCUGCUCUUCCAAUGAUAUCAGUUGUAACAAAUGUUCUUAAAUGGAGUUUGGGAGAAUUAAAGUUAAGAUUUAGAUCAAACUUAACUCAACAUUUGUACAAAGAGUAUCUGACAGGUUAUACAUAUUACAAAAUGUCUAAUUUAGACAAUCGUAUUGCAAAUGCAGAUCAACUACUAACAACUGAUAUUGAUAAAUUUUGUGAGAGCGCAACUGAUUUAUAUUCAAAUAUCAGUAAACCAAUUUUAGAUAUUAUUAUCUAUGUUUAUCGAUUAACAAUGAAUCUUGGUGGACAGACACCAUCAAUUCUAAUGGUAUACCUUCUCUUCGCUGGUGUUCUUCUAACACGUUUAAGACGACCAACUGGAAGGCUAACAGUCGAAGAACAAAAAUUGGAAGGAGAAUUCCGUUAUGUUAAUAGUAGACUUAUUACGAACUCAGAAGAGGUUGCCUUCUAUCAAGGUAACAACCGUGAGAAACUAACACUCUUGGCUAGUUUCUCUAAAUUACGGUCACAUCUGAGGAAAUUCUUAGAAUUCCGUGUUAGUAUGGGAAUCAUCGAUAAUAUUGUUGGCAAAUAUUUUGCAUCCGUUGUUGGUUUCUAUGCAGUUUCACUACCAUUUUUCACAGAAAAUCAUCCACUUCUUUCUGGUGGAACAAGUGCAACUAGAUUACAGGCAUACUACACAUACGGAAGAAUGUUGGUUAAGUUAGCAGAGGCUAUUGGCAGACUUGUACUGGCUGGACGAGAAAUGUCCCGAUUGGCUGGUUUCACUGCACGUGUAACUGAAUUGAUUAAGGUGUUGGGUGACUUGAACAAAGGUCAUUACGAACGCACAAUGGUCAACAAUGUCAGCAAUGGUGAAACUAAUUUCGGUCCAAAUAAGGGAAAAAUUGCUUUCCAAGACAAUCUUAUUCGAUUUGAAAAAGUUCCCUUAGUCACACCGAAUGGAGAUGUUUUAUUGAAAGAAUUAACAUUUGAAGUCAAGUCAGGAAUGAACGUUCUUGUUUGCGGACCAAAUGGAUGUGGAAAAUCUAGUCUUUUCCGGAUUUUAGGUGAAUUGUGGCCAACGUGGGGUGGUUUGGUUACAAAACCGCCACGUGGUAAACUCUUUUACAUUCCACAAAGGCCCUACAUGACUCUAGGAACACUUCGUGAUCAGAUCAUCUACCCACACACAAAAGAAGAAAUGAUUCGACGAGGCAAGUCCGACAGUGAUUUGAGAAAAUUCCUUGAAAUUGUCCAACUGACGAACUUGGAACUACGUGAAAAUGGUUUGGAUGCUAUCGAAGACUGGAUUGAUGUACUAUCUGGGGGGGAAAAGCAACGUGUUGCCAUGGCAAGACUCUUCUACCAUAGUCCACAGUUUGCUAUUUUGGAUGAAUGCACAAGUGCCGUUUCUGUGGAUGUAGAAGGAACAAUGUAUCAAUAUUGCAGGGAAGCUGGCAUAACACUAUUCACUGUGUCACAUAGGAAAUCACUAUGGCAACACCACGACUAUUAUUUGCAGUUUGAUGGACGUGGAACAUAUGAAUUUGCGCCAAUCGACAAUUCCAAAGAACAAUUUGGAUCGUAGGAUAAGUUAAUAGAAAAUCAAACAUCCUUCCCCUUAGAUCAAUUUAAUUGUAUGUGUUAUAGUUUAACUUACUUUAUUCGUAUUUUGUGCGAAUCGUUGUAGUCGUCUUUUUUUUUUAAUUUUAUUAUUUCUUUAUUUUUUUUUUUUUUUGUGGAUUUAUAAUUUGGAAGAAGAACAUUUAUUAGUUUGGGAUUGAUAAGUCAAUGUUUGAUAUCAAUGAAAAUAAGGUGCUGGACUCCUUUAUAUUUUUAUUUUGAUGAAAAAUCCUAUUAGUUUGUAAUUAUUACUUUUGUAUUAUCUAUCAUAGGUUAAUUGGAAAGAGUAAAGCAAAUAAAAGCUUAUAAAAAAACAGUUAAUUCAA